AGUUUAUAUUCUACUAUCACUUCUACUUACUGCUUACUACAAAUGUUUUUAACCCCCCUUAUAUAAAUCUCCCAUGUGCCUUUGAAUCCAAAGUGUUAGCAAAUUAUAUUGCAAACAAUAUUCCUCUUCAGUCUUCACUUCCAGUCCAUAAUUAAUUUCACCAGCUCAAACACAAAAAAUCAUUAUUAAAAAUGGGGUAUGAUGAUCAAGACUUCUACUCGUCAUCAUCUUCAGAUAAGAAAUGGAAAAAAUUCAAGAAGGAAUCCUCAUCAAGAUCAUCAUCGUCAUCAAUGCCGAUAGACUCCUCACUAAUGCGAAGCUAUUCAGCUAAAAACACCGCACCAAAGUCACCUCCAUUCCUUAGAAGUUACUCCCAAAAACCAUCCUCCAAUAAUCAUCAUAAUAAUAAUAAUAAUAAUAAUAAGCUAUCUAGAAGUUCCUCAAUGAAGAGCUCAUGCCCGUCUUCACCGUCGUCAUCCAAGAACAAAUCCAACCUUAUGAGAAGCUUCUCCAAGAAAAGCUCCGCGUUUGGUAAGAAAUGUACGCAUUUAGCUAAGGAGCAAAAAGCCCGAUUCUACAUCAUGAAGAGGUGUGUUUCCAUGCUUGUUAGCUGGCCUAAAAAGGGUGAUUCUUAACCUAAUUAUUCCCCACAUCAUCAUUAUUAUCAUUCACAAUUUACUCCAAUUUAACAUCAUCUUAUUCAUCAUGAUGAUCAUGGUGAUGGUGAUGAUGAUGUUGGUGAUUUCAGAUUAAGGGUUUUAAUUAAGUUUUCAUUACAUUAGCUCUUAAUUAGUUCAAUUGUGGUAACCCCACAACGUACUAUUAGUGUAAUACAUUUUGCAAAUAUAUAUUUAUAUAUAUCACAUUAAUAUAAAUAGAACUAGAUUUUUUUAUUGACCA